GAGACAGUGAAGAAACUCUAAAAUACUUCAAGAUGGGGCGUAUGCAUUCCAGAGGAAAGGGAAUCUCCGCAUCUGCUUUGCCUUACAAGCGUUCACCUCCGACUUGGCUCAAAACCACCGCACUCGAUGUGGAUGAGUCAAUAUGCAAGUUUGCAAAGAAGGGUUUGACUCCAUCUCAGAUUGGUGUCAUUCUUCGUGACUCUCACGGUAUCCCUCAGGUCAAGAGUGUUACUGGAAACAAGAUUUUGAGAAUCUUGAAAGCUCAUGGUCUUGCUCCUGAGAUUCCUGAGGAUCUAUACCACUUGAUCAAGAAGGCAGUUGCUAUCCGUAAGCAUUUGGAGAGGAACAGGAAAGACAAGGAUUCCAAGUUUAGGUUGAUUCUCGUGGAGAGCAGGAUCCACCGUCUUGCUCGUUACUACAAGAAGACCAAGAAGCUUCCCCCAGUCUGGAAGUACGAGUCUACUACUGCCAGCACUCUUGUGGCUUAGAGAGCAUUUGAGUGCUUGAAGGGUGGGCUUAGAGGCAUGGAGUGCGUGAAGGGGCUUUAAUAAUUUUCUAUUCACUUCGUAUCAGCUGAGACUUAUUUUCUCAUUUUCGUUUAGUGUUUGUUUUGCCAAGUUACAAUUAUGGUUUUGAUCAUUUCAAUGAACAAACAAUUUU